CGAGUGAAAACGUCCAAAGUUCGGUUGCACGCCUGAUCUCUCGGCUCGCCUCGGUCUUGGUUUCGAUUUAUAUGAGUGUUGCGGAAACAUAGCUUUAUAAUAUAUAUUAUAUAUGCCAUAUAUACACAUGUAUAUAUGCAGAUAGUAGUAUGGUCCAGUAGUUCCAGCAGCAAAGUGACAAAAAGCCAAACAAACUAGUUUCUACAGUGAUUUUUCAGCAACGAUCUCGGCGAAAGCCGGCCCGGCGCGGGCCUAAUUGAAUAAAUAUAAUUCCAAGAGAACGCCGCGCCGAUCUCGAGUGUGUGUGCGAGUGUGUGUUUGAGUGAGCUUCAAUUAAAUUCAAUAAAUCAUAAAUACAUAUACGAGGGAACGUAUCCUGUGGCUCACAAUUGUGAUUUAUUGCUUGAAAUUACGAAAUUACGCAUGCAAAAAUUUAAUUUUUGAUGAGUUUUAAAUAAAAAUUAAAGUUGAAAAUGUGCCGCCUUGUGAUCCUUGCCCUGCUCUUUCUGCAAAGCCAGAUAGAAGCCUUUAAUUUCUCGCCACGUGCGAGUUUGGUGAUAAAGGCGCCGACUCAUCUGAAGUUCCAGCAAAACCAAACAAGGAGCUCCUACUUUGGAUACACGCUCGUCAUCCGUCCAACCAGCAUCAUCGUUGGUGCUCCUCGUGCCCAAUCCACCUUGGUGUCGCAGCGCAAUAUCAGUGAGCCAGGAGCGAUAUACAGGUGCUCUCUGCUAAACGGUGAAUGCCAUCCAUAUGUCCUGGACGAAACAGGCAACUUAGAUGUACCCUACAACGGCGUCACCCUUGACUCUGUGCGCCAUGACUUCCAGUGGCUGGGCGGAUCCAUGGACGGAGGCACCCGCGACACGGACAAACUGCUUGUGUGCGCUCCCCGCUUCUACGCACCCGGUGAUAAGGAUUACCACCUGCACGGGAUCUGCUACUGGGUGCAGGACACCCUGGACAGCACUCCAAAAAAUGUAUUCAGCAUCUCGCCGCUGCGCGUUAAAAAAGAGCAAGCAGUCAUAGACGAAGGCGUGAACUCCUUUAACUACAUCUACGGCGAGAUGGGUCUGAGUGCCCAUGUUGUAGACUAUAACUCCAAGUUUCUCAUCGGAGCACCUGGCAUCUUAAGAUGGAAAGGUUCAGUGAUCCUGUACCGUAAGAAUGACAACGACGACACGCCCUCAGCUAGUCGGCGGGACACGAGCAGCGCGCUCCGCCGCAGUCGUCGAAUACGGAGUGCUGCGAAUGAGGACUACGAAGAGCUGGUCGCCACACCAACCGGAAAUGAUGAUGAAUAUUUUGGCUAUGCGGUUAGCUCCGGUUACUUCGACAGCGCCAACCUGUCCACACUGCUCUACGUGGCCACCGCCCCCCAGGCCAACAAGCAGUCCGGCGAGGCCUACAUCUUUGACAUCAAAAACGAAAAGAUUAAGAAGCACCACGUCUUCCAGGGUGAGCAGUUUGGCGAAUACUUUGGCUACUCGGUGCUAGCGGAGGAUCUCAAUGGGGAUGGCAAAACGGAUGUGAUCGUCUCGGCGCCGCAGUACGCUCUGGAGGAUUCCCACGACAACGGAGCCAUAUAUGUGUUUAUCAACAAGGGCUUUUUCAACUUUGAGAGGAAGAUCUUGCGCUCGCCGCUGACGAGCAAUGGCCGCUUCGGCACCACCCUCUCCCGACUGGGUGACAUCAACCAUGACGGCUUUAAUGACAUUGCCGUAGGCGCUCCAUUUGCUGGGAAUGGCUCAGUGUUCAUCUACCUGGGCAGCGAGCGGGGACUGAGGGAUAAGCAUAGCCAGCAGCUAGAUGCUCCUAGCCAGCAGGCCUCCAAAUAUGGAACCCACAUGUUUGGCCACGGCCUGUCCCGCGGUUCCGAUAUCGAUAACAAUGGCUUCAAUGACUUUGCCGUGGGAGCACCAAAUGCCGAGGCUCUGUAUUUGUACAAAGCCUAUCCGGUGGUCAAGGUUCAUGCCACCGUGAAGUCAGAGUCGCGUGAGAUCAAGCCGGAGCAGGACAAGGUGAAGAUCUCCGCCUGCUAUCGGUUGGGCACCACUGCCAAGGACACCAAGAUACAGCAGCAGGAGCUAAAAAUCCGGAUAGCCAUGGAUACGCAGCUGAAGCGGGCCAAGUUCGCCCAGACGCAGACCAACGAGAUGAGCUUCGAGGCAAAUGCUGGACUGGGCGAGCAGUGCCGCGUCUUUGAGGUCCAGGUGCGCUACAGCGAGAAGGAUAUAUUCACGCCCAUUGACCUGGAGAUGCACUACGAAUUGAUCAAGAAGGUUCCCGAAUCGGAGGAAUUCUGCGACACCUGUGUGGCUGUGGAUCCAGCGGAUCCAAAGGUUUACCAGGAUAAGAUCAUCUUCAGCACAGGCUGUGCCAACGAUGUCUGCAACGCCGAUCUGCAACUUAAGAGCAAGGAUGUGAGCUCCACUUAUAUCCUGGGCAGCGCCGACACUCUCCGCCUGAACUACGAGAUCACCAACGUGGGAGAGACUGCCUACCUGCCCCAGUUCAACGUGACCAGCGCCUCCCGUCUGCCCUUUGCCCAAGUGCCCGGCAACUGCAAGGUCACCGAGGCCUACAUGGUGUGCGAUCUAAAUAGAGGACGACCUUUGGCCAAGGGUGACCGGGACUCGUUGACCGUCAGCUUCGAUGUGAGCCAGCUGAGUGGGCUCUCACUGAUCAUCACCGCCGAGGUGUUCAGUACGGGAAGGGAAGCGAAUCCCAUGGACAACAGGCAGGUUAAUGUGAUUGGCCUGAAGGAGUUUACCGAGAUCGAUGCCACCGGUGGCCAAACCAAUGCACAGAUUGACCUGGAGCACUACAGCAACUCGACAGAAAUCAUCAACAACUACGAGAUCAAGAGCAAUGGUCCUAGUGUGAUUGAGGAGCUAACGCUGUCCUUCUAUAUUCCCAUUGCCUACAAGGUGGCCGGCUCCUCGGCUGUUAUACCCAUUAUCAACAUAAACAGCCUGAGGAUACAGGCCACCUACGAUUCCCAGCUGGUGAACAUGGAUAUCUACGACCAGAACGAUACCCUGCUCCUACUGGACGCCAAAGAGGUAUCCACCACGGUCAGCGGUGGCCUGGAGAGGACUGUGAUCACGCAGAAUGGUGGAGGCUAUGACAUAUCCGCCAGUGGUCACAUCCAUCAGACCAUGGAGGUGCUUGAUACGGAUUCGGUGGCCACUGCUUCGAUGACACGGAAGCGUAGGGACCUUAAGGCUUUGACCGCCAACCGGGAGCAAUAUGCUCGCAUCUCGAACGUCAAGGCUCAUGAUAUGCUGAGCGAUGACUUCAAAGACAAGUUGCCGGUCAACCGGACCAUUGUCUUCCACUGCCGCGAUCCCCAGAUGACCACCUGUAUCCGGGCCGAGAUGAAGGUACAUUUCAGGCCGGAGAAAUCCAUUAACCUGAAUAUGCGCUACAAUGUGAAUCUGAACGAAGUGAACUCUAUACUUAUGGAUCCCUGGGAGUACUUUGUGAUCCUGUCUGAUCUGGAGCUGCGCAAGAAGGGCGAUCCCACCUCCACGUCGUUUGCCAUUAACCGGAGGAUCGAGCCCAAUGUGAUAUAUAAACAUUUGCAGGCGAGAAGUAUAUGGUGGAUUAUCCUGGUGUCCGUAAUCGGUGGCCUGCUGUUGCUAUCUGCAAUGAGUUAUGGACUUUACAAGAUGGGCUUCUUCCAACGCACCAAGAAAGAGGAGCUCGACAGGCUGGUCCAUCAGAAUCCUGGCGAACCGGAGGCCGAGAACCUCAACAGCAAUGAGAACAACUAACUCCGAGCAGGCCAUAACCCAGUCACCGUACACAUCACAUUCUAAAUGGAUGGCUCGAGUCACCAACUGCCACAGGAAGUCCAAGGCAGAUUAUACCAAGUGUGUUAUCAAUGAAAAACCGAUAAACCGAAAAACGAUAGGCUAGUUACGACAACAAAAAAAAAUCUACCUUAUAGGAGUACUACGUGCAACUUGUGAACCGCUAAAGCAUUGAAUGUUCUUGCCGGUUUGACUUUCUAGUAAUUUACGCUAACUUACAUAAGUGCCUUGUCUAGUUUCUAGAAGUAAUCGAUGCGAAAGUCCUAUUGCCAUUUGUUGUAAAUAUUUAUUAAAACACUUUAAAAUAAUUUUAAUUGUAAUAAAAACCAAGUUGUUUGUAUAGUUUUCCUAGCUGUUACUUUACACGGCGACGCAAAAGACUUUAUUAAUGUGUAAAUUUUGUAGGUCCAAUACCUGUCUAUUUAGGAACUAUUCUUGUAUUAUAGUAGAGUAUUAAAAAACGAUGCGAAGUGAAUAAUAAAAACUUUAUAAACAAAGUGUAUUUUUGUUGAAAACAGGAAUUAAUAAAGUGAAUUUUAUAUGAAAA